AUGCCCAAAUUUAGCGAGGAUCCCUCUCUUCAAAAGCCUGCUGCUCUCAGAUUGUUGCCCAAUGUUGGUGGAUAUUCUGCUGUCUUUAUGGCAGGUGGCUCGCCAAGCUUUGUGGUCAAAGAUGCUUCGAGCCUGCCGCGCAUCGUCAGUCUACGAGGAAAGGGCGUCCGUAGACUUUCUGGCCUCAACAGCCGCAAGUGCGAAGCUGGAUUUGUGUGGGUUGACACUGCUGUAAGUCAUGGAAUCCCAUACCCUCCGGCAUUACUGACCAUGACACCAGGGCACAAUACGUGA